AUGCCAACGGUACGAAGCGAGCCACCUCAGGUCCUAUAUUCUAUGCCACGAGACACGUCAUCCACGAGCCCUCUCGAUCGCUCUAUAAGGCCCGAGCUGGACGUCUCCGUCGCCAACCUUCGAAAGGCACGACUACAAAUAGCUGCGAUCGUAGGAGAAGAGAACAUCGAUAGCCGCAUAGACGAGAUCAAGCGUCACACUGGUACAGAGUGGUCUUCCCACCCAGGGAGCCCGGACGAGGCCCCAGCCGCAAUCGUGAGGCCAAAUUCAACUGAGGAGGUGUCAGGUGUUAUGAAGGUCUGCAACGAGCUGAGAAUUCCUGUCGUCGCAUUUUCGGGAGGCACAAGUUUGGAAGCUCAGUUUGCCAAUACACGGCGGGGAGUCAGUCUCGAUCUCAGCCGUAUGGACAAGAUACUAGCCAGUCACAAGGACGACCUUGACGUGGUGGUACAGCCUGGGGUUGGGUACGAACAGUUGAAUCAGGCACUUGCCGAGCAGGAACUGUUCUUUCCACCUGAUCCUGGCCCAGGAGCAAUGAUCGGUGGAAUGAUCGGUACCGGCUGUUCGGGAACCAACGCCUAUCAUUAUGGAACGAUGAAGAAUUGGGUCAUUUCGGUGACAGUCGUGCUUCCGGAUGGCACAGUCAUAAAAACAAGGCAACGGCCAAUGAAGAGCAGUGCAGGGUACGAUCUGACAAGGCUCUUCGUAGGAAGCGAGGGAACCUUGGGCAUAGUGACUGAAGCAGUCCUUCGAGUCACGACCCUGCCUAGAAAUAUACGGGUAGCCGUUGCAUCGUUUCCGUCUGUCCGGGCAGCUGCUGAGUGUGUGGGAAGAGUCGUACAGAAAGGUGUUGCAAUUGCCGCCGUCGAAUUGUUGGACGAGACUGCAAUCAAGUGCAUUAAUGAGAGCGGGGCAACAGGUCGGGAAUGGCUGGAGCAACCUACACUGUUCCUCAAAUUCUCGGGAACAGAAACUGAAGUCAGCGAGGAGAUUCAAACAGUUAGAGAGAUGGCCAGUCUCUGUGGCAAUAUUGGAUUUGUCUUCGCCCAGGACGAAGAGGAGGCCGAGGAUCUUUGGGGUGCCAGAAAGACGAUGCUCUGGGGCAGUCAGGCGCUGAAGAAGAGAGAUGAUGAUCGAACUUGGAUUACAGAUGUAGCUGUGCCCAUGUCGAGGCUGCCCGAAAUCAUCGAGUUGACAAAGCAAGAGCUCGAUCAAAGCGGCUUGUCAGGGGCGAUUGUUGGCCAUGUUGGAGACGGCAAUUUUCAUGCUGCGAUCAUGUAUGGUGAGGAUGAGCGUACUCUUGUUGAAGACAUCGUUCAUCGGAUGGUCCACCGAGCAAUCGAGAUGGAAGGGACCGUCACCGGUGAGCACGGGGUAGGCCUGGUCAAGCGAGAUUAUCUGCCACACGAGCUUGGCCAGAGCACAGUCGAUUCCAUGCGUAGAAUUAAGCAGGCCUUUGACCCUCUCUGUCUUUUGAACUGCGACAAGGUCAUUCGCGCAGAAGCUUAG